GCUGAACUUGGAUCCAACUUUUGAUGAUUGGAUAGGAGGAAAGGUCAAGGGAUACAGAAUUUUUGCUUUCUCCGCUUUCCUGGACAUUCGGAACUCAUCCGCCCCAUUUAUUCGUGUUCUGGGGGCGGCACCCACCAACUAUGCGCCUUUUGUUUCGGAUAUCCUUUGCGAUGUGUUCCAAGAGGACGGACAGCUUUUGAAAACGGUGCGAAGUGAAAUUAGAAUCCAAUUACCCUUCAAUGGAGCGUCCCAUUGCUCUUUUUUCUUUGAGUGCCAUCUCUCAUCAAUAUCUGUAUCCGUUUGGCCUACGGCCCAUUGGGUUCGCUUGAAGAGUUCACGUCCUCUAGAUCAAAAUAAUACCUCCUUGCCUAAACUGAGGAUACAUCGGUUGGCCGUACCAAAUCCAGCUGAUACAGAUGGAAAAUUUGUCGCAUGUAUUAAGCCAUUUUUUUGGCGUUGGAACUCUCCUUUUGCUUUGGUUGAGUUCAUAGAGAUGUACAAAAUCUUGGGGGUAUCCCACUUUGUGUUUUACGAGACCUCUGUAGGAACCGAGGCUCGGAGGGUUCUCAAAUAUUAUGAAACCAAAGGAUUGAUCACGCUAUUUCGGUGGACUCUUCCAUACGGCCGGAAUGAUAUCCUACACAAUGCUCACCACACCUGUAUCAAUGACUGCAAGAUGAGAGUCAUCAACCGUUUUGAGUUUUUGGUGACAGUGGACGUGGAUGAGUUCCUUCUGCCAACAAAUGGCAUGACUACUCUUUAUGCUCUGAUUCAAGAAAUUCAUAAAAAAGAGGAAGCAAACAAUCGGAACCCCUCAUUCAUUGGCGCAUACACAUUCCUCAACAAAUUUUUCUUCAAGGAGUUCGGCAAAGUCAUAAUGGACGAUGGAGAACCUGGCAAAGCUGGAAAGAUUGAGGAUAAGUUAAGGAACAGUCUGAGCACACAAGCGUACGUGAAGAGGUCACCAUCUUUCUAUCCAUAUCGGAGGAGGUCGAAAUACAUAGCCCGUCCAAAUGCAACAGACUUUUUGACGGUGCACCACACAGCCAAUUUCUCCAAAGGAUACAUAGACUAUGUUGUUCCAUCGCAUCUGGGCCUGUCUCAACAUUACCGACAUUGUGAUUGGGAUAAAGCCAAAACUUGCCUUGGUGAGGAGCCACUAAUUGACACUAAUGCGUGGACAUGGGCAUCUGUGUUAGUGCCGGCCGUGAAAGAGGCAUGCAUGCUUCUAGAUUUAAAUAACAUAAAUGUGUGCCCCUAGAUUUAAAGUAAUGAAUAGAUGGUACUGAAUUUUAGCCAGAAAAUAAAGAGUGGGCGUCAUCGGGGGUGUGCUUUCAAUCAAGCAUUAACUCUUUGUUAUCAUCUAGUAACUAAUAUUCAAUUGCCAUUUACUUUACUCUUGCUCCCUCCAUCACACUCACCAGAGUUGCAUUUCCCUUAAUAUAAAUAUCUCGACUCACGAACACUAAAUAUAUAGACACCAUCUGUUAAUUAAACAUGUCUCUGUAGCGACGACUGUUUCCCGCCUUUAUUCAUGAAAAGUGCUGCGUGUUUUCGGACGAGCAAGGGGUUGCUUGCUCCCCAUGAGACCUGAUAUCAGGUGGCUGUAUUGUUUAAAAGGUUCACUAA